AACACUGCCACUACAGCUGCUGAUAAAAAAUUGUGUGUUUGUUGAUGAAACUUUAUCAAAUCCAUGUUUUAAACUAUGACCCGGACCUGCAGAAUCUGUGGAGAUACAAAUGGGCGUUACAGGAUCGAGACGACGGUGGAGAAGUAUGCCGAGAAGUCCUUCAAUCAGCUGUUGCUGGAGCUAACCAAAAUUGAGUUGACCAUGGUCCAGGCCGAGAAGUUGCCCCACUGGCUGUGCUCCAGUUGCUCCCAGAAGCUAGAGAGUGCCUAUGAAUUUGUACUGCUAGCGAAGCAGACGCACAAGCAGUGGCUGCAAAAACUUCAGGAUACGGGGGAGAUAAUGGGCACUGGGUCCUUGGAGUGCCUGCGGGAGACCCCCAUACACCUAUUUGAGAUCGAGGGGGUUACCAUCAAAACGGAAGCGCUAGAGUCAACGGCUGCAGAUAACGGGAAAACCUCCUGCGAUCCUCUAGUCCGCACACGCAUUAAAAAGCGUACAAUCUUUCACUUCAGCGACACGGAGGAUGACCAGGAUGAUGUGCCGCUAAGGCAACGCAGGGCGAGAAGUCAAGCGAAACGCUCAUCAGCAAAGCAGCACAAAUGCAAUCUGUGCGGCAAAUCCUACAUUUAUAUCACAAAUCUAUAUCGCCACAAGAAAAGGGAUCACGGCUAUCCAGGACAUUCGAAGAGUGAGAGCUCCGAGUCCGCCCAUGACAACAAACAAAAGAGCGCCGUGGCACCGCAAGACAGUUCCAACUUGGAAAAAAACGAAGAUGACAAUGAUGAGGAUGAUGACAACUACUACAAGUGCGAUCAGUGCGAUAAAUCCUACAAGUACAUAAUGAUGCUAGUCAAGCACAAACAGAAUGCCCAUGAAGCUAACCAAUAUCAACUGCCAAUCAAAUCUGUGACCAAGCGAAAAAACAGAAGAGACGUGGGCGAAGCGGCAAGCCCAGCUUCUUCUGGGAAAUCCACACAACGCAGCAGAAUCAGCAACGAUAGCCUAGUCCACAGCCUCAUCAAAUCAGUGGAGCUUUCCGAUGAGGAUGCAAACAGCGGCAACGAUAACUACUACAAGUGUGAUCAGUGCCACAAGUCGUACAAAUACAUUAUUAACCUCAUCAAGCACAAGCACAAGGAACACACGGAAGCCGACAACAACUCAGACGCCGAGGAUAAUCCACAAUUGGCCUCCACAUCUGCCUGCGCCGCUCCAUAUGCUAGCGCCUCCGCAGCUGCAGGCUCUUCCGCCAAAGCAUCGCGAAUCAAUCGUCGCGUUCAGGGCUUCGACCCGCAUCGCUGCGAGCCGAAUGGCGCGAAGGAAAUUCAGUGCAUGAUCUGCCUGCGAAAGUUCACUAAAUUGCGAGAGCUGAGAGAACACCUGAGGGCGCAUCCCACGGACUUUAAUUUUCAGGAGCACGGUGAGCCCAUUGAACGCAUUGCCGAGGGCUUCUUCAAGACGGCUGUUGAGUCCACUGUGGAGGGUCUGAAGGACAGAAUUCUGCGUAAUCUCAAGAUGGGUGUCUUCGGACGCUUCUAUUCCAUUACCAACGAGGCGCGCUACGAGAUGAAUUUGGACAGCUCGGACACGGAUAGCGAUGGCGAUGCAGAUGUUGUACUACGACGAAGCUAUGCCUGUGAGCUAUGCGACGCACCAGAGGCCCGGUGGCCGCGCAAGUAUCAGCUGCACGAGCAUCACAGGCAGCAGCACACUUGGGAAGAAGCUCCGCAUGUGUGCCAGCGCUGCGACGCGCGUUUCCUCAGUCUCCAGCUGCUGGAGCAUCAUACCCUUCAGCUGUGCCAUAACACACUGAAGCGAUUCAUGUGCGACAAGUGCCCGCAGCGCUUCUUCUGGCGUAGAAAUCUGCGUGCCCAUCUGGUCGAGCACAAGAGCAAGCAAGACAACUAUCCGUGCGACCAGUGCCAGCGUAGUUUUCAGCAUAAAAGCGCCGUGACCAAGCACAAGUUGAUGAUGCAUCGCGAUGAAAAGAAUCAGCUUAUUCCCUGCCGCUGGUGCUCACGGACAUUCUACCGUUCCGGCCUCCUGUACAAGCAUGUCGAGCGCCAUGGCUUCACCGGCGACGACAUGCCACUGGCAGAGACUUUGCUGGCCGAUGCAGCCAAGCCAUCGGGUCCAAAGACUGUCCAGUGCAAGCUCUGUGAUCUGCAGUUCGUAAGCGUAGCAGAUCUACGUCGGCACAAUGCAAUGCUGGGCCACAGUGACCGGAUAACCGACUACAUGAUCAGCACUGAGACCGGCUUCGAGCUGCUGCUGGAGGAUACAGAUGACAGCGAUGACGACACUACGGGUGGCAGGUCCUACUCCUGCGAUCUCUGUCAGAUGACGUUCCGUCGCCGAAGAGAGAUGAGCGAGCAUCAGUAUUCCCUGCACACAUUUGACAAGCUGCCGUAUGGCUGCGAACAUUGCAUUUACAAGACCGUGGAUAAGCUCAUGCUGGAGCAUCAUCUGCGCACACAAUGCCUGAACACCACGAAGCCGUUCAGCUGCUCCCGCUGCAGAUACAAGUUCAUGUGGAAGGAGAACCUGGAUCAGCAUUUUGCCACGCAGCAUUCCAAGCAGCCACCCGCCCAGGAGCAGUCGUCUAUGCCCUUGAGGAGAAGGCGACGCUUCAGGUAUCAAUGCCCUCAGUGCUGGCGUUCGUUUGUGGUGCAGGCCAGCCUUGAUAAGCAUAUAAGGGACAUGCAUGUGGCCAAGAAGAAUCCGCGCAAGAAAUAUCUGUGCUCCCUGUGUGGCCUGGAGGCGCUGACGCCCAACAAGCUCAACAUUCAUAUGCGUCGCCACAACGGGGAAAAGCCCUUCAAAUGCGAUCUCUGCGACAUGCGCUUCACAGUCCACUACGAGCUAAAGGUACAUCGGAGGAAGCACACCGGCGAGCGACCCUACCAGUGCACCUUUUGUGACAAGCAUUUUGCCCGACCCGACAAGCUGAGACGCCAUGUCUACAUGCACAGUGCUCGUCGCUAGACUUAAGCAUAUUCCGCUUCAAUAGAGAUCCAAAGAUGUCUCGCUCUUUAUAUCUCUGUCCAUUUGCGCAUAUGCAAAAUGCAGCAUUGCGUCAUGGGAUGAUCGAGAGUACCACACAGAGAGAGAGAGAGAGAGAG